AUGGAAUCAAUCUCUCAACUCAUUCCUCACUCUCAGCAAGCGGCCGUGGUGCAGAACCCUGGUGAGUGUUUCAAAGUUGUCCUUCAACAUGACAUCCCCGUGGGAAAUCCUGGUUCCAACGAGAUUCUCGUCAAGUUGAAAUGUACUGGUAUAUGCCACUCGGAAGUCCGCGCUGUGCUAGCCUGGGGCGCGUAUAACUCCAUCAUCGGUCACGAAGGCAUCGGCACCGUUGUCCAAACAGGCGACAAUGUCUCUGCUUCUUUACUGGGAAAGCGCGUCGGGAUCAAGUGGCUUUACAACGCUUGCACCAAAUGCUCCGUCUGUCAGCGGGGCUUUGCCAACAACUGCGCGAAGCAGCUCAACACCAGCCGCCAUGUUCCAGGCACAUUACAGCAAUACGCAAUCGCUGAUGCCAGAUUUAUUACGAUGGUCCCAGAAGGGGUGUCUGAUGAAGUCGCAGCACCACUUCUUUGCGCCGGAUUAACCAUGGCAGGCGCACUGGGCCAUCUCGACAACGAGCUUCAACCCGGCGACUGGGUCGUGAUCUCCGGGUCCGGUGGUGGCCUCGGCCAUAUAGGCGUGCAGAUCGCAGCGCGAGUCAGAAAGCUUCGAGUGAUUGCAGUCGAUAGUGGCGAUGCUAAGAGGAAGCUCAGCCUAGAGUCUGGUGCUGAAGCUUUUAUUGACUUUAAGACGGAAGACGUCGCGGCACGAGUCCUCGAGUUGACGGGCGAGGGUGCCCAUGCAACAGUGGUGGUACCUGGCACGCGAGAGGCACUUCAAACUGCCCCGACGCUGGUCAGAAAUAUGGGCCAUAUCAUCUGCGUAGGUCUUCCACGUAAUGAUAUCGAGAUUCCCAUUUCUGCAACAUUGUGUGCUGCUCGAGCGCUCACGAUCAAAGGCUCUUCGGUCGGUACAGAGGAGCAGAUGGCGGAGUUGUUGCAACUCGCCGUCCAGGGAGUGAUCACGCCAGCGAUUGAGAUUUUUGAUUUUGAAGCAGCUCCCAAUCUCAUCAAUAAGAUUAUGGAUGAUGCCAUCGUUGGCAGAGCAGUUGUGAGAAUCCCUAAUUAG